UGUUGUCACUGUGUUGUGUUGUGUCGGCCUGUCGGGCCUUAUAAUAGUUAUAAUCGACUGUGGUCCCAUUUUAGUUAAUAUAUUAAUCUUUGCUCCAGCAUUAGGAUCCAGAUAAGGCUUCUAUUGUUAUAAGUGUAAAUCUACCACUGGUAGAUAUUCACUCGUGUUAUAUUCGCAAGGUAUUCAGAAAUCUAUAAUGUCAAGCGACACCGCAAAGAACUUUUCCAACCUGGAAACCCCAGGUUAUGUCGGCUUUGCAAACCUGCCCAAUCAGGUGCACCGCAAAUCAGUAAAGAAAGGCUUUGAGUUCACUCUCAUGGUGGUCGGAGAGAGUGGACUGGGCAAAUCAACACUGGUCAACUCCUUGUUUCUGACGGAUCUGUAUCCAGAACGAGUUAUUCCUGAUGCUAUAGAGAAAACUAAUCAAACGGUGAAGCUAGAUGCAUCAACGGUGGAGAUUGAGGAGCGAGGUGUGAAGCUCCGAUUGACUGUUGUGGACACCCCUGGAUAUGGAGACGCUAUUGACAACACUGACUGCUUUAGGUCUAUCAUCCAAUACAUCGACGAGCAAUUCGAGAGAUUCCUGCGCGACGAGAGCGGGCUUAACCGGCGUAAUAUUGUCGACAAUCGUAUACAUUGCUGCUUCUAUUUCAUCUCGCCGUUUGGACACGGGUUGAAGCCUCUCGACAUCGAGUUCAUGAAGCAGCUCCACAAUAAAGUCAACAUCGUGCCAGUCAUCGCGAAGGCCGACUGCCUUACCAAGAAGGAAGUUCAGCGACUCAAGUCUAGGGUAAUGGAAGAGAUUGAGCGUGAGGGCAUCAAGAUAUACCCACUCCCGGACUGCGAUAGUGAUGAAGACGAGGAUUACAAGGAACAGGUGCGACAACUGAAAGAGGCAGUACCUUUCGCGGUAUGCGGCGCGGGGCAGCAGCUCGAAGUUCGUGGGAGGCGCGUACGCGGCCGUCUUUACCCGUGGGGCGUCGUCGAAGUUGAGAACCCAGAGCACUGCGACUUCAUCAAGCUGAGGACCAUGCUAAUUACACACAUGCAAGACCUGCAGGAAGUGACCCAAGAGGUUCAUUACGAAAACUAUCGCUCGGAGCGUCUCGCGCGCAACGGACAAGUGCCUAAGCGACACACGUCGACGGAGAGUGGAUUGAGCGAGUCGGACUCCAACGGGCUGAGCAACGGUUCCACUGAGGACCCCGCCGAGAGAGAGCGCGCGCUGCGCGAAAAGGAGGCAGAGCUUCGCCGUAUGCAGGAGAUGCUGGAACAGAUGCAGCGGCAGAUGCAAUUGCAGGCCGGGAGCACCACCACCGCAUAGUGCGCCCCUCCCGCCCUAGUGAGUUUAUAGUUGGUGUCAAAGUCCGCUGCUCGCCUGCCAGGCGGUUGCAAUGUGGUGGACACCAUCUUACGCGCGAUCCCGUAUUGCGUGAACUCCCUCUAAUGCCAUUUAUGUAGCUUAGUCAAAAGGUGCCGUCAAUCUGAAGACUGAACGUCUGACUGAGGUUGAUGUCAAACUGUAACGAAAAGCGUCAGUUGACGUAUAAAGACGCCCUUACCUUCUACCUUAGAUAACUGUGAAGUCAGGGAAAAAUACUUAUGGUUUAUUAUGAUUCUGAAACCGUGAGUACUGACUGUGAGAUGAGCGGUCAGAUACCAUAAAAUAUUACAAUUUUGCUCCUUUAACACAGCUUUGCCAAUCCCGCUACAGUUCAGUGAAAGAAAUGUCUCAAAAAUGUUACAAAUACUUUCCACAUUUUUUUUUCUUGACUACAGACUAGCCAAAGGCAAAGAUGGCCUACGAUGGAGUGAGCUCGCCCAGAAGAUGCCUGUUCACCCUUGAUUUGAAGGUCUCCGGGUUAUAUAUUGAAAUA